AUGGACAUCUGUGGUGGCAGGCACGGCGCAAAUCCCACCAGCCACCUCCCCAGCUACACCAGCAAGCUCCCAGCGGAAAUCCUUAGCAUCUAUCCCAUCAGCAGGUUCCAACUUGAUGCCUCUCGCCUUUCCUCGCCGUCCAUAGUGAUCGACAUGUCAGAAGUGGAUGGAAUUGGACAAGAUACGACAGCCCAAAAAGCCACCAAGAGCUGA